AUGCCUGCACUUCCAUGCCUUCUUCAAAGAUCCCUCAUGAACCAGAAUGUCUUGCAAAAAACAUUAGAAAAUUUGGAGAAUCUUGUAUUACCACCGAAGGAACUGCUAGUUGAUAUUGUAAACCAAGCAAAAAGUGUUUUUGAAGAAGAAGAAAACAUUCUGUACGCCAACGGUAGCUCUGUGGUUGUUGGGGACUUGCAUGGCCAGUUUUUCGAUUUCCUAAACAUGCUGAAUAUGAUUAAAGACGAUGUGAAUAUUGUUUUUCUUGGGGAUUACGUUGACAGGGGAUUUAAUUCCGUUGAACUGAUCACUUACCUUUUGGUUUGCAAAAUACUGAACAAAGAUAAAAUUGUUUUACUGAGAGGUAACCAUGAAAAUCGAUCGCAAACGGCCGUGUAUGGGUUUGAGGAGGAGUGCCUACUAAAAUAUGAUCAUUACAUUUAUUGGAAGUUUUGUGAGGUUUUUGAGCUUUUUCCUGUUGUUGCCAUCAUCAAUAAAAAGUAUUUCUGUGUCCAUGGUGGAAUUUCACCCAGUCUUACAUUGGAAUGGAUCGAUGGCCAGGAUAGAGUCCAGGAGUAUUCUCAAGUUAGUUGUAUUCUGUGGGGAGAUCCUGCUGAUGAUAUUGAUACAUUUGAAACGAGCCAGCGAGGUGCUGGAUACCUCUAUGGAAAGGUGGCAGUGGAUGAAUUUUUAAGAAGCGUCGGUUGUGAGUAUUUAGUGAGAAGCCAUCAGCUGAUUUCAAGGGGAUUUGAAGAAAAGUUUGGUGGAAGAUGCAUAACAGUGUGGAGCGCGCCUAAUUACUGCUAUAAAUGCAAAAACAUAGCUUCAUUUAUGAUGAUUACACAGGAAACCCACAAAUUUAUAUUAUUUGAGGCCUUGGCCGAGCAGUAUAGAUUAUAA